UAAUCAUAAGUAACAUAGAAGAAACAGAGGGAGAAGAAAGACAGUGAAUUGGUUGGAAGGGGUAAGAGUUCUUCAAACCCUUGUUCUUCAAAGUUCUACUAUCAAUUGAAUCGGUGGAGAUUGAGAGGCAAACACGGUAGUCGCGAAGCCCUUUGGAGGUUCUUCAAAGCCAUACGUUGUGUCGACCUACACAAAACAGAGAGAGGAUCUUGCUGUGAGAGGCAAAUAGUACACUUAUCUUUUCGGUGGCAAGACUAAUUCGAUGGCAAGGCACUCAUCUCAUCUCUCUUCUCUUCCUUGUUCCUAAAACCCUUGUUUCGGCUCUCUCUCGCUCUCGUAUUCGGUGUAGUUGGCGAUGUGAUUGGAGCGGCUGUGGGUAAUUUCACUCUACCUAAAACCCUAAUCCAACAAAGAAAGAGAAAAGAAUUUGAAGAACAAUCAGAAAAUUUGAAGGGUUCUCUCAGAAUUCUGAUUCCAAUCUUUCUUGGCUCUUACAGAUUUGGUAUUUUUACCUUUGAAAUGAGGCUUGCUAAAAUUUUUUUUAUUUUGUUUUUUUAUAUAUUUCAGUUGACAAGUAAUGAAAUAAUCGACGAAUAUUCUCAGGCAUUGGGCUUUUUACAUUGAUUAGUGCAGAAUUUUGGAGCCAUACUUUUGCUUCUAGGGUGUAAAAAAUGUCAUAUUGUUUUGGCAUCAGAUUUAUAGAUCUAAUUAUGUUUUGGAGCCAUACUUUUGCUUCUAGGGUGUAAAAAAUGUCAUAUUGUUUUGGCAUUAGAUUUAUAGAUCUUAUUAUGUUCUUUGAAUUUUGAUGAUGUUUGUAAAAAUGCAUUAAAUUGUUAGCAAUUUAAACAAAAGUAUUUUGGAACUAUAUUUUCAUUGUGAAAACUCGUGAUUGAUUUAAUUCAUUCACGCCUCUGUUUGUUUCUGAUGAAAAUAGUAACAGAAACAAAAAACCAAAAUUCGAAAUUUUUUUCAGUCUUCAUCCUGUCAUGAUAAUGCAAUUAUUUUGGUUGAAUUAAGGCGAAAGCUAUUCUUGUAUUACAUUUUCAUUUCGUUACAAAUGUAUUGUCGUUAAUUUUUUUUUCUUGUUGCUGUGAACUUGAAUGAAUUUGAAUUCAAUUCUAAAUGGCGACACUGAAUUUUGUUUUGUUUUGUGAUCUGUGUUGGUUGAGAAAAAAUAAACAUAUCUGAAAAAUGUUACACAGCACUCUGAUUGUGGAUUUUUGAGCUUUCCCAUUAGGUUGAAGUAAUGAUGGUUGAUUAUGUGUGUUCUCUCUUACUUACUCUCAUGGAAUUCAAUGUGCCAUCUGUACUUUGGGAAUGGUAGUUGCUCUUGGUCAUUUUUAGCAUGCAAAUGGAGUUAAACUCUUUGUUCUUGAUGCUCCUUAUCUCAUAUAAUUUUUGGAUUUCAUUGGAACCUAUCAUAUGGUAUAAAACGUAGUUACAAUUCCUGUAAAAGUAUAAAAGUUGGUUCCAAAAUAGUAUCUUUAUGCCAUGUAGAAUUGUAGUGGCAGUAAUUGUGAGAGGGGUUGAAGGUUUCAUAUCUCGUUGACUGUUAUGGUUAUCUUAGUGUUUCAUUAUCACUACAAGAAAAAUAGGAUAUUACCACAUUUUUUUUCUUGGCGUUUUUUAAAAAUGUUAUGAAAUUUUUUAUGAUUUUUCACCUUCUCAGCCAAUUUAAUUAAUUUUAUCUCAUUUUGUACGCCGUUAUUAGAAAACUGUGAAAUAACAUUUAUUUGUGAUUGAAAAGGCAGGUUUCUAAUCAAAAGAAGAGAACAGAGGCGUGACUUUUGUGAGAGAGAGAGAAAGAGAGAGAGGGGCAAAGAAAGAAAUCAGGGCCUUGGUUCUUAGAUCCCCAUCUAUUCUUUCGUUGUAUGAUCUGGAAAUUCUUGUUCUGUACUUGAUUUGAGUGUAUCUCUGUAAUAUCGUUUGAAUCCCUCUUAUCUAAGUUGAUCUAGGGCUCAAGGUUAGAGUUUUCUAAUAUGGAUUUGCUACAUUCACAUAAGAUCUGUAAACUUUCAUGGCUUAAACUAACGAUUUACAGUUGAUUUCUAGUUUCUUUUCUUCUAUUUUGUAUUUUCUAUUUCCAAAUCGAUUUAUCUAGGGUUUUGAGUGUCGUGUUAAUAUCUCUGAUCAAGUACAGGAUAAGCAAGCAGCGUUGGAUCUAGAUCGUUAGCAACAGUGAGUAGAAGCAAGCUCAACGAUGUAGAGAUGUAGAUCUUAUUCUCAGAUAUGUUCUCUAUCCGAUCAGAUCGGCUCUCUCUGUCUCUCCGAUCUGCUAUUAUGGAGCAUACAGUGAUCGAGUCAAAGCCUAAUCAUUUUCUAGAUGAUCUCCGGCUAAAUAGCUCAUGGCCUGAGCUGAGAAGCUUUGCAGAAACAAUUGACUUGAAUGUGGCUAAUUCCGUUGUCCAUAAACACACACCAUAUGUUAUCAUUCUUUUGAAGGUGGCAGAUGAGUGGCCCAAAACUCAUGGUGGAAGCCUUCCAUCAACCAGGGAAGAGAAAAAGGAGUUCAAGGAACUAGUGAGAGCCAGGAUGAGAGCAAUGGAUGAAGACAACUACAAAGAAGCGGUUAAGGUGUCAUUUAAAGUAUUUGCUCCUCGGGGUAUUACUGCUGGUCUGCUGCUGUUGGUUUGUUGUUGCUGCCGCCCUCAUGGUUGAUGCUUGCUGGGCUGUUGCUGCAACAAUGUUGCUGUGAGGCGGCUGCUACUAGAUGUUGGUCUGCUAGAUAAGUUUGUAAGUGAUUUUCGUGCCGUUUUGCCUGUCUUUGUUAGUUUCAUGUUUUCAUUUUGUUAUCUAUUGUUUCUAAUAUGGGUUCACAAUUUGGAUGUAUUUGGGUAUUUUAGUGAGUUUACCCUUUUAGGUUUUACACACUGCAUCUAAAAGCAGUAUCAACAAUGUUUUUUUUGCUUGCACAUCAACUUUAGGUGAUUUCAUAUCAAUGUUAUUAGUUUGUAAUAGUGGUGCCUGAGGGAUGCCUCUUGUAAAUCUGUAAAUCUUAUAAAAAUAUAUAAAUUAUUUUCAAUUAUUUUUGUUGGUAAA